AUGUAUUCUUGCAAAAUAUUCGGAUGCAAUAAAAAAUUUCUAACUAUACAAGGGCUUGGUAGCCAUGAAAAUUGGCAUAAAACAAAUGAAAUACAAAAAAAAGCAACUAAUAGUGCUGAAAGUUUUAUAAUUCAACAAAUAGAUAAUUCUAGUGAUAAUGAAAGUAUUAUAUCUGAAUUAUCUGAAACUUUUGAUAUUUCAAUUAUAUCGAAUGAACAAGAUUAUGGUUUCUUAGAUUCUUUAAAAAAUGCACUAGCACAACUAAACAAGCCACUUCCAUCAACAACACAACAAGGUAGAGGUUAUAUUGAUAAUAUAGAACAAACUGUUCAUGAUUUUCCAAAUGAAAUUAUAUUCGAGUUUGAAGAAACAAAAUAUUUAAUGAAUUAUAAAAAUAUAUUUGAUAGCGUAAAAGAGCUUCUUUCUAGAGAAAAAAUUAAUAACUCAUGUAUUUUUGAUUAUCAACCAAAAUAUAAAAAUUAUGAACAACAAAAAAAAUUUUUCAUCAAGCGAUUGCAAGUAUUCUUAAACCCUUACAUGCACAAUAUGAAAAAGCCAGAGGCAUAUAUGUGUUGUCUGACAUAUUCUUCAUCACAAGCUCAAUAUCCUUGUCAUUUUUGUUUAGUCAAAAAAGAUGAUCUUAAUAAUACUAAUUUAGGAGAAAAUAUUAUAUUACGUACUGAAAUUAAUACAAAAGAAAUUUUACAAAAAAAUUUAUAUAAGAACUAUUCAAUUCAACAUAGAGAAAUUUUGUAUUCAUCUUUACAACAAAAAAAAUCAAAAUGUUUUCAAUAUAAUGAAAACUUUAUUAUUGACAAAAAAUCUUGGUAUAGUGUACAAUUAUAUAAUAUUAAUCACAUAAUUUUGCAAUUAGAAUCUGAUAAAACUAUACCACAAGAAACAAUGCAAGGUUUUAAAUAUCUUCAAGAAUGUAUUAAAGAUUUUUUAUCUAAUUUUGAAGAUUUACAAAAUACGAAUAUUCAAAUUGAAAUUUUUAAAAAUGCUAAACUUAAAUCUGGUAUAAUAAUCAGAGCUUCACCUUCAUAUUAUAAAGUGCCAUACUAUAGUAAUAUUGCAGUAGAAUUGAAUAAAGAAGAGCAACAACUGUAUAUAAAUGAUAAUGGAUAUAGUUAUGUGAAAAUUUUAUUAAUUAUUAAACUUAUAACUUAUAAUAAUAAAAAAUAUGAACUUGCGUUAGUAAAUUGGUAUCAAUUUAAAUAUUCAAAAUUAUCAACAAAACUUUAUAUUUAUAAUUGUCCAUAUAUAAAACUUACUGAUAAUUAUAAUCUUAUUCCACUUAGUACUAUUUCUCAUGAUGUACAUAUAGUUCAAGAUUUUAAUCAUGAUAAUACUUUCUUUGUAAACAAAUUUAUGUUUUAA